AUGCCAGCACCAACUCUUCCGGGAACCCAAUUACAAAUGACAUUAGUAGUUGGUCCGUCCGCCGCAUCUGCACUUCUUGCUCUGUGUGCUAUAUCAAUAAUUGGAGGCGGUAUAACGAGAAUGUUUUCGCCGAAAGAGAAAAGUGUAAAUAUUAUGAUAAAUAAUGAAUACAAAGAACUUGAGGAUAUUAGG